CUUUCGGUUGAAUUGUUGGAAUCAUGGUUAACGGCCGCAUACCCUCGGUCUUCUCAAAGACCUAUGUGACUCCCCGUCGCCCCUAUGAAAAGGCGCGUCUGGAUCAGGAGUUGAAGAUCAUUGGUGAAUAUGGUCUCCGUAACAAGCGUGAAGUGUGGCGUGUAAAAUACGCUUUGGCCAAGAUCCGUAAGGCUGCCCGUGAGCUGCUCACUUUGGAUGAGAAGGACGAGAAGCGUCUAUUCCAGGGUAAUGCUCUGCUGCGUCGUCUGGUGCGCAUUGGUGUCUUGGACGAAUCCCGCAUGAAGCUCGAUUAUGUGUUGGGUCUCAAGAUUGAGGAUUUCUUGGAGCGUCGUCUGCAGACGCAGGUCUUCAAGCUGGGAUUGGCCAAGUCCAUUCAUCAUGCACGUGUGUUGAUCCGUCAGCGUCACAUUCGUGUGCGCAAGCAAGUGGUCAACAUUCCAUCCUUCGUGGUGCGUUUGGACUCGCAGAAGCACAUCGACUUCUCCCUCAAGUCGCCCUUCGGUGGCGGCCGUCCUGGACGCGUCAAGAGGAAGAACAUGAAGAAGAACCAAGGUGGUGGCGCCGCUGCUGCUGAAGAGGAGGAGGACUAAACUAGACCAACAAUAAAAUUCUGUUUACAUGGACAGUUUUUUUCAAAAAAGUGAAAUAUUUACAAAAUAAAAUGUAAAAUUUUAAACAAAA